AAAGCCAAUAAGGUAGAUCUGGGUGGAGAAUACCAGGCGAAUUUCUCUCUUCUGUCAAUGUGACCUACUACUGUAUUCCCAUUCCCUCCUCCAACCCUCUGAACAGUGGACCAUCGUGUUUUCCUCCUCUUCUUACAACUGUUCUCACCCUUCACCUCAUUUGUCCAUUCUACAUCACGCGGAUCGCCACCUCAUCAUUUUUCAACCGUUCAUUAAAUGUCGAAUCCAACGGUCAGAGCCUCUCCAUCUAAAACCAAGGUCGUAUACCGUUUCUCACCAGGUUCGUAUAAGUUUUACCAUCUAACCCUAGCAUCUAGCUCUCACGACAAGUAUCGCAUUUAUAUGGUAUAAAAUUUUCCGUUUGUUUCUCGGGAAAAUUUAACGGAUGGAGUCAGGAGGAAAACUAAAGAAAGGAGCUGGAGGAAGGAAAGGAGGCGGUCCAAAGAAGAAGCCCAUCUCCCGGUCCGUAAAAGCCGGUUUACAGUUUCCGGUCGGCAGGAUCGGCCGCUACCUGAAGCAUGGACGCUACGCUCAACGCGUUGGAGCUGGCGCUCCGGUCUACCUUGCCGCUGUACUCGAGUACCUCGCUGCUGAGGUCCUUGAGUUAGCUGGUAAUGCAGCAAGAGAUAACAAGAAGAACAGGAUCAUACCAAGGCAUGUACUUUUGGCUGUAAGGAAUGAUGAGGAGCUUGGAAAGCUUCUAUCCGGUGUGACAAUUGCUUAUGGUGGUGUCUUGCCAAACAUCAACCCGGUUCUUCUGCCGAAGAAAUCUGAGAAACCAACAACCAAGGAGGCAAAAUCUCCAUCCAAGGCUACCAAGUCCCCAAAGAAAGCAUAAGUUUUAGUCUUUCUUUGUGCAUGUAACGUCCAUGAAUGUAUUUGACUUGUAGGAAAGCUUCAUGCAGGUAGGGGUUAGAAAUAUUGCACUGUUCUAUCUGCUGCAUGUGUAAAACUUUGUUUGUUUCGAAUGAAUGAAACCAUGGCUAUGAAAUUCCAUUAUUGAUGCA